GUUCUUCACAAUCGACAUACAAUUUUACCGAAACUAUGGAAUCCGAUGAAAGGCCUGCGAAGAUGCGCAAGUUGGACAACGGGGAUGCAGAUACGGCUGUUGUGGAUGUGCCUGCGAUAUCCACACCAAACGAACAAUUACCCGUAACAGAACAUGACGAACAAGUGGACACUCCCGAAGCUUUGACCGGAACCCCGGCUGAGACGGAGGGUGCAGAACCCAAGUUAUCCAAAAACCAGCUCAAAAAGCUAAGACGGCAAGAGCGCUGGGAAGCGGGGCGUGAAGAUCGCAAAUUGAAGCGAAAAGAGAAAAUCAAAGAAAAGAAAGAAAGACGUCGAGAAACAUGGGCCCAAAUGCCAGUUGAUGAGAAUGGCAACAAACCAAGACCACCGCCGUCACGGGCGCCCAGGCAUUCAGCAGGACCCGGCAAACAAGUGCCGAUUACAGUAAUCUUUGAUUGCGAUUUCGAGGAGCUAAUGUUCGACAAUGAGCUUAAAAGUUUGGGACUUCAAAUCACGAGGUGCUAUAGCGAUAACAGAAAAGCAAACUAUAGAGCACAUUUGGCACUGAGCAGUUUUGGGGGCAAGAUGAAAGAGCGCUUUGAUGGUAUCUUGGCUAAGCAAUAUACGAGCUGGAAGGGCUUCCGAUUCUUCGAGGAGGACUUUGUGGAGGUCGCCGAGAAAGCAAAGGAGUGGAUGGCCGCACCGGAAGGCGGAGAGGUAGCGGGCGCUUUGAAGUCAUCGGCCGAAAACGGUGACUCAGCGGAAGAAGGCGAGAUCGUGUACCUCUCGUCAGAGUCCGACAAUGUUCUCACACAUUUAAAGCCCAACAGCACGUAUAUCAUCGGAGGUCUGGUUGACAAGAACCGACACAAGGGCAUCUGUCACAAGCGCGCUAUGGAACGCGGUAUCAAAACUGCAAAGUUACCUAUCGGCGAGUACCUCGAGAUGAAGAGUCGGCAAGUCCUGGUCACGAACCAUGUCCUGGAGAUUAUGUUAAAGUGGAUGGACUUUGAGGACUGGGGCAAGGCUUUCAUGGCAGUAAUGCCAGAGAGAAAGGGCGCCAAGCUGAAAGGCGAUGCUGAGGAUGCGGAGAAGGAAGCAGAGGCAGCAGAGGCAGCCGCCGAGGAAAGCUUAGAUCGGGACCUGGCAGACGCUACAAGGGAGGCGGAAGCUGGACAGGAUGAGCCUGCCAUGGAAAACAGCGAGGCUACAUGA